UGGGCAGGCUGUACAAGCUGGCUUUGUACCUAAAGGGCUGUUGGUGUACACGUGCCCAGCUUCCAGGCAACAUGUUCCCGCAUGCAAAUGCCAGUAUCACAGUUGACCGUACCCAUCCCUGUUUGUCUUCAGAGGGGCAAAAGAGAAAAUGGGCCUUGGAGACUGGCAGGUGGGGAAGAGCUGGUGGUACCUGAGGGAACCUGCAUGAGGAAUCGUAUUAAAAGGAGACUGUUAAACCCCUCCAUUGCAGUCUACAGGGGGAAAGCAUAGGCAUGGACUAACAUCACUGGUGGUGGUUGGUUUCCGUGGUGGAGGCAGAGUGACAGCAGGAUGUGUGAAGGGCCAUCCAGGAUUUCUGGACCCAUUCCUCCAGACCCUACGCUCUUUCCAAACUAUUACAAACGCCCCUUCUCAGCUCGAGGGAGGCUGGAAGGGAAUGCUCAGAAGCUGGAUUUUACCUCUGGCCCCCUGGCCCCAGUUCCCAACCCAUACCCUGCUUUGGGCAGUGCCCGCCAGGUCCAGCCAGCCCCUCACAUUCGCCCCAGUGGAAAGGACUUUCUGGAGAAGGGACAGAAGGGGAUGCUCAGUCUCUUGCUGCAGCUCGAAGGGAUCUCCCUUGAUGGGGGGCUGCCAGUCAAGAGGAAAGAGUCCAAGGACCACGAGAAGGAAAAUGUGAGGCGAAUAAAGGAGAUUCAGAAGAAGUGCAAAGAGAAGGAGCGAGCCCAAGAGCACAGCCAGCCCAAGCCUGUGAAAGCUCUGUGGAAAUCCCAGAAAUACGAAAACGUGGAGUCAAAGGUGAAGGCCAAACUGCAGGAGAGGUCCCCACCUCCAAAUCCAGAGGCUCUGAAAUUCCUGAGGGCAUAUUCUCGCUGUGGCCCUGGGAUCAAGCCGUGCAGACCGCUCUCCCCAAGGCCUGCCAGAACAAAAGCAGGAGCAGACGCAGAGGCUCCAGAGGCACUGGGUGCUGAAACCAAGAUGCAGGUGGAGGGCAAAAGCAUUGACUUCAUUAAGCACAACGCCCGCAACGCCAAGCGGGCCCCGCUGCGGCGCUCCCAGUCACUGCAGGCACUGGCUGAGCUGCUGGAACAGAGGCACCGGGAGCAGGAGGAGUACAACACCAAUCAAAAGGGCCACGUCCCCCAGUACCUGCUGGAGAGGAAGGAGCUGUGGCGCAGACAGAUGGAGGAGCGGCUGCGAAACCUGCCAGAUCCUGACACGCCACCUGGUCAUACCAUGAUGCCGGAGGGCCAGCGGCUGGAGACCCUCAGCAAUCUGAAGCAGAGCCAGGAGCAGCUGAUAAAGGACCUGGUGAUGCUACCAGUGCGCACGGACACCCUCAGCAUGCAGAAGAGGCGGAUAGAGCUGGAGAGAAAGCUCUCCCAGAUAGAAGAGGCCAUCAAAAUUUUCUCGAGGCCCAAAGUCUUCAUCAAGCUGGACUCCUGAGCCGGUGGGGCUGGGUGUGUUGUGCUGCUCUGCGUGAAUAUCCUUCGUCGCUGGGAAGGGACAAUCGUC